UUACUUCAUACUGACUUUGAAAUUUAAUUAAAAAUGAAUAAACAAAUUUUAAGUGUACGUGGAUAUAGACUUCACGGGAUCAAAGACUCAAGAUGGAGUAUCAGGGAUAAAGUCUAUCAGUAUAAGGGAGUAUUGAAAUUAUACGGGAGUCAGAAAAAAAUCAAAGCAACCGAAGCAACAAGACUACGCAAGAGGUUAGCUAAGGAAAUAAAAACUUUGAGAGAUGAAAUUAAAGAGUACCGAGAAAUUCUCAAAGAAGUUGAGAGUGGAGAUCGGCGGCGCAUGCAUCAAGUGUUGCAAGCCGACAAAAAUAUUCAGUUGGCUUACCAAGAUCGAAAUCCCAUUGUCGUCUAUGAAGCACUCAAUCAGGACUGUAGUUUACGAAGGGAACAAUUAGACGAGUGCUAUUACCUGAAAAAAAUUAAGAUGAAAGAGUUCUUUGACCUGAAGCUAGAAUGCACGAUUUUAAUGAAUAAAUACGACGAGCAAAACCAAUUAAGAGAUCCUGAUCCUCAUCAACAAAAACUAGCGUCACUUUAUCAAAAAUAUGUCGCUAAUAGAAACGCUGCUGAAUCGAUUCGUAACACUUAUUUAGCGAUGAUUAAAAUAUUGAAAAAGGACACAGUUUACUUCAAUGCAAUAAUAAACGCUUUGAAAGAAGAUAAAAUGGAACAAUGCAAGGUACUACUUCGUGCUAUAUUUAUGGGUCAGUUAGCAGCGGAGGAAUUGGAUGACACUCGAGAGAAAUAUAAAAAGAUGGCUCGGGAUGUUUGGAAAAAUAUGAAGGAAAGAGAGAGAACAUUAAAUAUUCUACGUAGCCGGGUUGAGAACCUUUGGGCUGAUAUCCGAGAGCUUGUUCGAGUUGAGAGUGAUCCAAUAUUAGAAGUGAUGGAUAGACAGCCAGCAGAUAAUGAUCAUGAUGAUGAUGGAUUGGAGCGACAUAUUAAACUGUUGGAGGAAACUUUUGAUAAAGUUAAGGAAACUUUGAUGGCACGAUCUUAUGAAGAAUUAUUUGAUAGAUUUGAAGAACAAGCGAGGCAGAAAAAACAUUUACUGAAAAAGUUAGAAGAUAAUCUUGAAGUACGUGAGUCAUUGAUAAAUAAAAGAAAUUGUGCUACUUUGAUUCUGGCUGACUUGAAUAAUUCAUUGAUUUCAACUAGUGGAGAAUAUGAUAAAUACAAAGCUGACAAAAAAGAAAUUUUAGAAGAAAUAAAAAUAGCAAAAAAACGCGAAGAUGAUUUUAUAAAAUCAGAAAAAUCACGUGAAGAAUUAUUAAUAAAUAUAAAAUGCGCAUUACAAAAUAUACUUGCAAUGAUGGUUUUUAUCCGACCCGGUUGGGGAGGAGUUAAAAAAUCACCACGUGAAAAAAAACGUGACAGGCGAAAAACGUCUGAAUCAAGCGACGGUAAAGCUUCUCGAAAAUCUAAAGCCCAAUUUAUUGAACAAGUGGAAUAUCAUUUAGAAAAAUUCGAUCCCGAUGUGUUAACGCUACUCAAUCAAGUAACAAAAAAAGCAAACAUGCUUUUCGGAUUAUCGAACUUUGAAAUGACACCAGAAGAAAAAGAGAAAGCGAAAAAUUUAUACCAAAGUUACGUCGCUGAAAAAAGAUCAAAAAUUUACUACGAAAAUGAUGUAGUAGAACGAAAAGAAAUUACAGUUGAGCACGAAAUCAUUGAUUUGUCAGUAAUAUCAAGAUCUGACAUAAAAAAUCAGAGCAAAAAUUUAAUUGAAAUGUGUACGAGGCUCGAUUAAAUAAAUUAUUAAAAAAUUUAAUGAAUUUUUUCUAUACACCCCACCACAUGGAAGUGACGCAAUUUCCUGAUCUUAAAAUACCUCUAUCGCAACCAUAUUACCUUUAUUAGGGUAAUAUGAGUACACGUACAUCAAGAAAAAAAACUCUAAGUAACACGCUUUAUAUUUUGUGAAAAAAAAAAAAAAAAAUAUUUUAUUUGGCUAUAAGUAUUAAGAA